CUGUACACGAGGCGCUCUGUGACAGCAUAGAUACAAGAACCGCCCUGGAGCAGCUCAGAGAGCUCGUCUCUGAUGCCAACAAAUACAUCAACUCCAAGAAUGAGUUGAACGGACAGCUUGUGUGGAACAUCAGCAGCUACGUGUCGCGCAUAUUGGGCGUCUUUGGUGUGACGCUUUCUUCUGCUGGCGCGGACGGCAGUCAAAGCGACGACGUCCUACUUCCGCUGUGUCAAGUGGUUGCGGACUUGCGGGAAAAGUUACGCGGGUUGUCCCGAGAGCCUUCAACGGAUGUGAAGGAGCUGCAGAUGAAGCAGCUGCAGCUCUGCGAUGACAUCCGGGACUCUUUGCUGCCUCCCUUGGGUGUGCGUCUCGAGGACAGGGAGGGCAGGGCGCCCUCUAUUAAAAUUGUAGACCCUGAGGAGCUCAAGAAAGAGAUAGCGGCCAAGAAAGCUGCUGAGGAGGAAAAGCGAAUGGAAAAGCAGAAGAAAAAACAAGCUGCAGAUGCCAAGGCUGCUCAAGAGAAAGCUAAAGUCAUGGAGCCUCCGGAAGAGAUGUUCCGUACUGCAGAGUACAGUGCAUGGGACGGUACUACGGGCAUACCGACACAUGACGCUAAGGGCGAGGAGAUCACCAAGAGCCAGGGCAAGAAACUGGCCAAGCUGCAGGAAGCCUACAGGAAAAAGUACGACAAGUGGCUGCAGCAACAGCAGCAGGCAUGAGGGUCCCUCAUCGGUAGGAGCGUCUAGCAACGUGCUCAUCCAGCUCUCGAACUUGUUCUGCCUUCAACGGAUGUACGAUUUUGGCUUAGGAACAUUUUCACGAAUAGGGUUUUAUUACUUUUUUCAAACUUUGGUUUCGUCAGUAUUAUUUUAUUGAUUUUGAAAUAAGUACAGCUUGUCGACUUUCUUUCUCAAUUUUGCCUGCUUCAGUAAUUUCAUUUCCGCACGUUGAUUUAUUGUUGACUGAAUAUAAGUUUGAGCUUCAAUGCAACUGAACCUGUCUUUUGAAUCAUUCAACUCGCAUAAUUUAUUUUUAAUAUUAAUUUAAUUUCCCUCUUUAAUUAUACUGUGAAGUUUUUUCGCGCAUCUCACACUCGAUCCAUCGAGUCAGAGCGUUUGAGCUCCUCGAGUCUCACCUGCUGUUUGGUUCAGAGGUGAUUGUUUAUUUCUAUGGUAUUUAUGUCAUUUUUAAUAGGUUGCCUUCAGUUGUCAAAAACGGGCUCUUAGCGAAUACUUAGAUGUAUCCAGCUCGAGGAUAGACGUGCAUAUCAACGCUUCCUCCCUGACGCAGUACGGUAUUUCGAGUGAUGAGUGGUUUUAAAGAACCUAAUAUCAUGUUUGGGUACUUCAGCGUAAUCGCUUUAUAGACAGUUUUUUAAUGCAAACCUCUUUCUUAUGUUUCAUUUGAUUACUUCUUGGGCUAAUAGACUGAUUAACCUUCCUUUAGUUUUCAGAAAAGUAACCAAAUAAGUUCGUCCUUAGUGUCUGUGAUGUAACGCUGUUUAACUGCGAAAGAGUGGAAUGAAUUUCUUACGAUUUUUUCUACUUAUCAACACGACGUGUCAAGAGUGUU